AAACCCUUGAACGAUCUGUGCAGGUUGCAUAACGCUAACUAACUCGACCAUUUCCGUUUCACUUUUAAACUUUCCUGAAGUCUUUCAACAUUCUCUCCUUCGUCGUCUUAGGGGAUGUCCGGACGCGAGAAAGGAUCGCGAAUUGAUGCGUAAGGAAGUCAAGAAGUCAUGAAAUAACUUCAGUUUAAUAGUUUUGAGUGCAAUUUUUCUAAUUUUCUUUUCCAUUCCUUCGGUUUAAAAUUUAUUAGUCUAAUGCAGGCACGCGCUGCUGCCUCCUUAGCCCAUUUUCAAGUACAAGUCGCGCAGUUUAUACUCAAUUCUAUAUUUUAUAACGGUUUAACUUUCUCUUGAUUCAGUAUCAAUAUUCUUUCAGCCGGUAAACAUCUCGUAUUGCAGCUUUAGCCAACCAUGAGGGGGCUCGGCUCGGCCCUGGGGCUACGAAUAGGCCCGCGACGAAUCUCGUUCCUUCUCGUCCUCCUCGGUCUAUUCGCCCUGUUCACUCUCCUUUUCACGCUACCUAACUCGAUACCGACUGGGCCUAGCUUGUCAAAAUCAAUGGCCGAUCAUAAGUUCUCUAUACCGAAAUAUAAGGAUAAAUUCUCGUCAAGCAUAUUGAACCCUUUCCGGCCAGCUUCUCACAAGCCUCCCGAACAGAAGAACUCGACUUAUGGGGAAAGCUCGUGGUAUUCAAACUGGAACUGGAGGAAUCCCUUUUCGUCUUCUAUUACGCUGGACGAGAACCGGUCUCUCCUCCCGCCUUUGAAGGAAAGAGCUCCUAUUUACUGUUACUAUGACACCACUGUUCAGCGGGACGAACCUACGAAGGAGGCAGAUAGUGCGCUGCUGUUGACGUGGAGGCGCGCUUGGUGGGUCAAGGGAUUUAAGCCUAUUAUCCUAAGUGCGGCAGAGGCUAUGAAUAAUCCGCUCUAUGACGAGCUUCAGAGAUUGGAUGUGGAACCUAGUUUCAAGAAAGAUAUGAUGCGCUGGCUUGCGUGGGAAAAUAUGGGCGGUGGGCUUCUCGCGCAUUACUUAUUACUCCCCAUGGCUGCCUACGAAGACCCGUUGCUCUCGUUUCUACGGAGAGGAGAAUACCCAGGCUUGACGAGGUGGGAGGGUAUUGAUAAUGCUCUAUUCGCUGGUCCCAAAGUCCAAAUUGCCGAUGCCAUUGUUCAAGCGCUCCGAGACCCCAAGACCAAAUCCGCCAAGGACAUAAUCUCUGCAGUUUCCAGUGAAACUUUCCGCGUCGAUCCGUCUCAUGAUUCACUAGCGUUCUACGAUACCAAGACUAUCGAGAAGACCUAUCCGAAGAUAGCGGAAGAAGUCGCAGCAGACCGUGACAAGGGCAUGAAGCGCUUAAACACCCUUAUUAACUUUCACCUACAUAAUACUUGGCAGGACAUUUUCAGCAGCGGCAUUGCAGUCCUCAAGCCCAUGCCAACUCACACUACCCACAUGAUUGAGCCUGCCUUGGACCUAGCAACUAGGCUUGCGAUCUGUAGUGACAGUCCAAUGCCGGCAUCGUGUCCACCGAAUAUUCCAAAGUGCUCGCCCUGUGUAUCAUCUCACCCUAUGAAGGUCUUCACUCCGGCGCGCUAUAAGAACAAUACGGAUUUGUAUACUAUAGGAACAGUCCCGCACCCGUACACAUUGCGUACGUUGGACACGCUACGAAAUAAUUUGGAUAUCGCCUACAUCAGGCGAGAGAUUACAAGACGUGACGAAUGGCUCUAUCUAAUCUUUCAAGAGCUUCUAGGCACGGGCAUUUCUGGGUCGAUGCGCGUGCUGACAUUCAAGGAUGCCGUGGCUGGCGAAUAUGCAGCAUCCCACUCCCUCUGGCUGACAGCCGAGAAGGAGUCAGUCCCGGAUGAUCUGGACUGGUGGUUCGGGUUUGAAAUUCCGAGUAACACGACUGAUGACGGGAAGUCGGAGACCCCGGUUCCAGGCCCGGAACGUCGCCCAAAACCCCAACACGACCCGGCGGAUGGACCAAUUCCUUCCGAUGACGACCUCUUGCGUGAGCCAAGCCUCCUAAAUAGGGCGCGGGAAGUAAUCAAGAGCAAGGAAAAAGAGGAUGAACGUAUACGGAGUGCUAUUGAGGCCUGGAACCUGGCAGAUACAGAGGCCUGGCGAUUCGCUAAGGCAUUCCUGGCACGUGCCAGGGUGGAGAGGCUGAAGUGGGAGGAGGAAGAGAGCAAGUACGCUGAAGGCGUGGGAAGCGAAUCUAGAGGGCGAGGAUCUAGUUGGCUUCGCUGGGGAGACGAAAAGAACGAAGAAGACUGAUUACUACCUAAAGUAAAUACGAAGCAUUGACGAUAUGUACGGGUGGUAAUGGGUGUGUAUAAUUAGGCUCGAGUGUAAUUGGCCGUGGCCAGAUACGUACGACAGGUAAGCAUGGAGUUUACGCGUUGCGGGCCUGUUAGACUAGAACUUCGGUAGAUUUGCGUUGAGGUCCUGCUACCUAGUUAACGCAGGUGUAUUCUACCUAAUCUAAUCA